GUUAUGCAGCGUCGCAUGGAUGGCUCGGAGAACUUUAACAGAAACUGGACUGAUUAUGAAAGAGGAUUUGGUGACCCGAGGAAAGAAUUUUGGAUCGGAAACGACAACAUCCACCGCAUAACGUCCAACAAAAAGUACAAAGUUUUGUUCGUGUUGGAGGAUUUCGAAGGGAAGGUGGCAUGUGCAGCUUAUGAUUCAUUCAGUGUUGGCUCGCCAGAUACUUACUACGUUCUGAACAUUGGAAACUACAGUGGAACCGCUGGGGACUCAAUGACCAAUCAAAACCAAAUGGCAUUCACGACGCACGACAAUGAUCACGACUUCUUCACUGGCAAUUGUGCCCUGAUAUAUCACGGCGGGUGGUGGUACAAAGAUUGUUAUGAAGCCUUUCUCAAUGGCUUGUACAGCGAUGGCGUUAAUUGGUGGACGUUCGGUGGUCAUUCGCUGAAAUUCACCGAGAUGAGAGUUGAAUUAAUUUAA